GCAGAACGCACUCCACGACGUGCCCAGAGGCUCAGCUCUACGCUUGCGCAAUGCAGAGGCUUAUCACACGCUCUUGGCGACGCAUAUCGCACGACAGCCGCCCUCGUCUAGUACUUAUCUGCGUCACGAGUCGCGUCGGCCGAGCGCAACUACAGCUUCCCGGGACCUGGCUACGAUGGCUUUGCAUCUUGGUUGGGCACCACCAUGACCACCUUGACCAGUACGAUCACCUCGACUAACACCACGGCCACCUUCACCACCUUCACCAGAAGUGCUGCUGCUAUGCCGCUCGACGAACUCGGACCUCCGCCACCAUUCUCAGCGACUCCGUCGUAUAGUACUCUCCCUCUCGAUAACGAGCAGCGCCUGGAAUACACGCCACGUGCGCGGGAUAGCACAUACAGCGACGACAGGAAUGGGACCUACGCACGCCGCUGGCGGAGCGCGAUCAUCGCUCUCAGCGGGCAGGCUUCGAAUGCUUUACUGCCGGUCUACGGCCGCGCGGAAGUGGUUGAGGGCGAACUCUGUCUAACCGAACGUGCUGGCGUUCAGCGUAUAGUUGUAGAGCUCGAGGGCGUCAUGACGACCGCGCUAACCAACAAUGGGAGAACCGAAACCGUCCUGGUGCAGCGGCGACAUAUCGCGUGGGAUGGCCCGGGAAGCAACGGCGGCUCGGAUAUGUCUGAAUGCCCCAGCUCCGUCAUUGAAUGUCCAGGCUCCAUUGCGUUCGCAGUUCAGUUUCCUCAGUCGUAUGUGGACAAGAAGGACGGCAACCGAAGGCGCGCGCUGCCGCCUACCUUUGAAGCCAGCUUCUACCAGCUGCCGGUGCUGACUGCGUCGUGUGCGUAUACGCUGCGCGUCACUGUAACACGGGCGAGGAAGAGGCGUUCGUUGAUCGGGAGUGGGGAGAGGGCGAAGACAUAUGAGCUCCCGCUUCUCUAUCGACCAAGGCAUCGACCGCAUCGACCAUAUACGGUUGGGGGAUCGUUGUUCUCGACGCUGAAGUCGCAACCGGACGAGUGGCUCCAGGUAACAAAGACGAUGGAAGCAAAGGGAGAGAAGGGGUUGUCACCGCUUUUUUGCAAUCUCUUCGUCCCGUCUAUGCAAAUAUUCUGCAUCAAGGACUCCAUACCGCUACACCUGCAAAUCUCGGGACCUGUCACUUCUUUUCGCGAGUUCAUGCCUGAAGCCUGUCGGGCUGCAGGAGACGAAUUAGAAGGUGACACAAGCGUGACACCCACUGAUUCGCCUCGCACGAGGAGAGCAUCGCUCAUACUCGAUCCCACACGAGUGCACGAUGUCCUGCACCCUCGACAUAAGCAGAACGUGGCGGCACCCGUAGCGCGACCGACGAUCCGCGUAUCCAUUAUGCGGCAGGUCUUCGCAGAGGUCAACGGCACGAAGACGUGGCGGAUGCUCACUAUCGGGGCCGGCAAGGUGACACAAGUAUUGCCACCACCGUACGAUGAGUGCUGCGCGCUAGACGAGUCUAUCGCCGUUGACUGGGAGGGCGAAGUGCGGUGCGACGACUCGGUCAGCGCGGCCGGAUUUAACAACGGGCACCUAUCUGUGACGGCGAGACUUUCUAGCGUUGUCGAUACUGCCAGCGACUAG